GGAUGUUUCAUGUAUGGGCCUUGAGGUUAUCAUCAAGAAUGAUAAGCAUAAGGAUAUGAUUCGCUUUCACUACUAGCAGAGUUACACGCAGGGCAGCUAAGGUGAGAAGAAGAAGAAGAAGAAGAAGCAGUCUGAUCGGUGAUGAUAGUAAACUGUUUAAGAGGAUUUUGGCGUUGUAAAUAGUCAUAUCAAAUUUGUGUUGUUACAUGAGAUAGCAUCUGGGAAACAAGUGCUAGAAAAACCAUGCCUGCUUUAGUGCUAACAAGGGCCAUCUUGUUAAUUGGGGAUUCUUUAGCUUUCAGAAAAGUUUCACAGUUUACACGGAUAGCUCCAUCUCAAGGCAAUGUUCGUUUUUUAAGUGGCAGUGGAUCCCUCACUCUAGCUAGCCUUGGAUUGAAGAGUGAAGUUAAGACAGCAAGUGCAAAUGAGAAAAAUAAGCUCCAGCAGGGUGUUUCAACAAUUGAGGUCCCCAAGAGCAGAGAUAAGAAAAGAGUUAGUGGCAAUAAAACAGGAUUGAUUAAGGAGAAAAACCCAGUAGAUAUAAAGACUGCACCAUUUGCUGCCAAGUCAUUUUCAGAGCUUGGCCUUCCACCUUUGUUGGUGGAAAGGCUAGAGAAGGAAGGUUUUACGAUUCCGACUGAUGUUCAGGCUGCUGCAGUUCCAACUGUACUUAAGAAUCAUGAUGUUGUGAUUCAGUCCUACACAGGUUCAGGAAAAACAUUAGCUUAUCUCCUUCCCAUACUGUCUCGAGUCGGUCCGUUGAGGGAAGAACUUUUAAAUGACUAUGAAACUGGGAACAAAAUAGACAUCGAAGCAGUUAUAGUAGCUCCUUCGAGGGAACUUGGCAUGCAGAUUGUCAGGGAAGUUGAAAAGCUAUUAGGACCAGCGAAUAAGAAACUAGUCCAGCAGCUUGUAGGGGGUGCAAACCGAUCUAGACAGGAGGAUGCUCUGAGGAAGAACAAGCCUGCCAUCGUAGUGGGGACACCUGGGCGGAUAGCAGAGAUAAGUGCAGCUGGAAAGCUUCCUACCCAUGGUUGUCGUUACUUGGUGUUGGAUGAAAUUGACCAACUCCUUGCUUUCACUUUCCGGGAGGACAUGAAGCGUAUAUUAGACCAUGUGGGGAGAAGACCUGGUGCACGCUGGGGAGAGUCAAAUAGUCCACUUGUCAAGCGAGCUGCGCGUCAGACUAUCAUGGUGUCUGCAACAGUGCCCUUUUCAGUUAUAAGAGCAGCAAGAAGUUGGGGUUGUGAUCCACUUCUCAUCCAAGCCAAUAAAGUUAUUCCACUCGAGGCUGUCACUCCUUCUGGACCUGUUAAUAUACCAGGAACACCUUCUACUACUAGUUCAAGCUCAAAUGUACAAGCUAUGCCUGAUGUUCAGAGCUUACCCCCUAAUUUGCUGCAUUAUUACACUAUUACUAGGAUACAACACAAAGUUGAUAUGUUAAGAAGGUGUGUGCAUGCUCUGGAUGCCAAGUGUGUAAUAGCUUUUAUGAACCACACAAAACAACUGAAAGAUGCUGUCUUUAAACUUGAAGCUCGUGGUAUGAAAGCUGCAGAAUUACAUGGUGAUCUCAGCAAACUUGUAAGAUCAACAAUCUUAAAGAAGUUUAGAAAUGGGGAGAUCAGGGUGCUGCUAACAAAUGAGCUUUCAGCUAGAGGCUUGGAUUUACCUGAAUGUGAUCUUGUAGUUAAUCUGGGGUUACCUACCGACUCAGUACAUUAUGCACAUCGAGCUGGUCGUACGGGCAGGCUUGGCCGCAAGGGCACGGUAGUAACCAUAUGUGAAGAGUCAGAAGUCUUUGUGGUAAAAAAGCUUCAGAAACAGCUUUCCCUCUCCAUCCAGGCUUGUGAAUUUUCUGAGGGAAAUCUUGUCCUUACAGAAGAUUAAACUAUGCACAUGCUUCUGUCAAAUUU